ACUUUAGGCAAACGUUUUGGAGACAGAGACAGCGCAUACGCCAACUUCCUGUUUUCAGUGUGAGCUUCCGGUAAACUUUCCACGUCUGGAUUAAAACAUAAGGCAGUUGUAAAUGAGUAUGAAUCAGUCAGCUCCCUGGAGCUUUCAGCAACAGAACACAGAUCCAGGAGGGGUCAAGCUUUUCAAUCCAGCUCAAUUCACAGAGCAGGCGAAUCAGCCAAACAAGUUUAACCCAACACAACAAGAUGGAAAUUGUGUCCAAGAAGCAGAGGUUUUCAAUGGACAGCAACAGAAUUACACAGGACAGGAUCCGUCAUGGAACUGGAAUUCCACCCAAUCAGACCCCAGUCAAAUGGCCCCAAAUCCAAAUGUAUACGGACAAGUAUAUGAUCCAAGUCAAUUCCAAGCUGUAGGCCAGGAUAAUGGCUAUGACAAAUUUUAUUAUGACCAUAACCAAGGACAGUGGGUACCACAGUAUGACCAGACACAGAAUCAUGACCUAAGUCAAGCACAUUACGACCCAAGUCAAGCACAUUACGACCCAAGUCAAACACAUUACGACCCAAGUCAAACACAUUACGACCCAAGUCAAACACAUUACCAAAAUGCAAUGCCACAAGGACAACAAUUUAAUGAAUCUAACACAGAAGCCGCAGGUGGAAAUUUUCUUCCAAACUUUAAUCAGUAUGAUGGUAACUACAGUGAUCAUGGAUCUAAUGAGCAUGCAGUGACAAACUUUCAAACCGUUAGUGAUGGUCAGCACCAUGAACAAGUUGCUGAUCAAUCAUUUAAUUCUGAAAUACUUCACCAGUCCUCCGCAAGUCAAGGGAUGUCAGAAAUACUUCACCAGUCCUCCGCAAGUCAAGGGAUGUCAGGAUAUUUUCAGAAUGAUGAUUAUGAGACAGAAUCCAACACAGGGACUUAUGACAGUUCAUCUCUUCAGAAUUCACUCAAUCAGGUACAGAUGGGAAAACCAGCAGAUGAUUUAUUGAAGCCGGAGAUCAGCAGUGAGAGCUUGCAGACCGUGAAUUACUCUGCGGGAUCGCUAGACAUGGCGGCCAAUUCAAUGUCAACUCCAAGUGUUCAACAGGUCACUGAUGAGUUUAAGCAGAUCUAUGUGUCCGAACAGGGACAGUGUGGAGAUUCUAAAGAGAGUGAAACAAACAUACAGUGUGUUUCCACUGGGGACGAUAUGAAUCAAUCAGCCAUGCAUGGACAAGUGAACAGCACAGGAAAUGUGUUGGAAAAUGUAUCUGGUGGUAGUCCCCAUUCUGAUGAUCAGCAGGGACUCAGUGACUGGGAAGUAGUGCCUCCCGAGUCCAGUCAGAUGUUGGGGGUUCCUGGGGGAGAAUCCAAACAUAGUCGGGAAGGAUCACUGGACAACAGCGUGCAGUUCUUCAUCGGUUCUAGCAAAAACUCGGAUGAUGGCUCAGCCAGGCACACCCCAGAAUCAGCUCCACAGGGUCAAAAAAGUUCCAAUGUAGAGAAGGAGAAAGAAAAUGUUAUUGAUAAUGUCACAACAGAACAUCUUAGGCCACAGCUAACGUCGUCUCCCAAUGUUUCUCCUGGUCAAGUAAAUACAAAUGAAGGUGUUGCAGAGAAGAAUCCACCUCCUGCAGGGCCCCCACCCAUUGGGGCUCCAAGUGGGGGGAAUAACCCAUUCAGGAAAGAAAGAACAAAUACUUCACAGGGCAGUGACAUAGAUAGACUGUGUAUAUCACAGCCAUUUUCUAGUUUGAAUAACCCACAGUUGCCAAGCCCUAUAGUAGCUACCUCAGACGAUUCAGGAAAGGUAGCACAGAAAACACAGCCACAAAGUCCGAUCAUGCCUAGAAAGGAAAGUCCAUUUCAGCCACCAAACAGGAGACGCACAUUGUCAUCACAGUCUAGUGAAUCAGAGGACCAGCCAAAAUCAGAGAAAGAGAUCAAAGAGAGCAGCCCCAGUAUAUUGAGCCAGGUUUCUAGUUCUAGGGAGUCUCUUGCUUCUACUUCUUCAAAGCAGGGUCAGGAGAGUGAGAAAUUUAAGCGGCCACCCAGGGACACAACAAAGUCCAGACCCCCAGUGGGUUCCACUCGAGGAGUUAUGUCCCCAAGACGAAUCGAGUCAGCGUUUCAACAGGUACAAAAACAAAGGGCAAAGCACAACAUGUCUCCUGCCACAACUCUGUGGGCAAAUAAUGAUACUCUGCCUGUGGCUAAUAUACUUUUAGCUCCAGCAGCACCUGCCAUUACUCCUUCAACAAGUGCCACUUCCUCAGCUAAAACAUCACCCUUGAAAACAGUCAAAGAUAAUAGGGAUGUACUGUCUCCUGUGCAAAUGUUAAUCAACAGUAUGAGUGAAAAGCAAAGUGAUAAAUCCUCUGUAGAUUCGAAGCAGGAGAAUAGACAGUAUGAUGACAGGCAGGAGAGAUCCCAUCAGAGAGGUUCUCCUCGGGACAGACACGAACGUGGGUCAUCCAUAGACAGGGAGCUAGAAAUUACCCGAAAAAUGGAAGAAAAAGAAAGAAAAAGAGAAAGUGAGAGUUACCGUGACAGAGAUCGGGAUAAUUACAGAGGAAGUGACAGAGCACGGGGCAAGGAUCCUAGGGAGCGGGAUUAUGAUCCUUACUAUGACAAGCAGCCACCUCAGAGACGAAGGGAUCCUUACUAUGGAGACGAGAGAUAUGAACGACCAAGAUCAAGACACUCUCUUCUUGAUGACGAGAGAUCAAGUUCUAGGCAGGGACAAGAGUAUGAUCGACCCAGAUCUAGACAAGAAUACAACAGAGAUGCAGAUCGACCUAGAUCCAGGCAAGAUUAUGGCAGGGAUGCUUACUAUCGAGACAAAUAUGGAAGAGAUAUUUUUACAGAAAACUCUGAAAAGAAAAAUGGGAAAGGCUAUGAACAGUAUGAUUACUAUGGUCGCCAUGGUUACUACGACAGACAUGCUUAUGACAAAUAUUACAAGUAUGAUCAGCGUUACUAUGACGAUUAUUAUGGGCGAGGCAACUAUGAAGACAGUUUCAACAGGUUACUGCAAUUUGAUUACCAAAGCCAUGGCCAUGGCCAGUGGCAUCAUGGAUACCCCAGUCAAUAUUACAAUCAGUAUGGACAGCCUUACGAAGAAAAUGACAAGUUUUUGAGUCAGAGAGGCUCGCGAGUGCAGACCCCGGGCUCACUGUCUGACACAGGAGAGCACCAAGAUUAUGAUGCAUACCGACAUUACCAAGGGUCACGCUCCUCCAGUCGUCAAGGUUACGACGACUACACACGUGCAUGGGAUGCAUAUUACGCUAACUACAACAGAGGCUAUGGUUCUAAUCAAGGCUAUGUUCAAGAAGCAGCUCCAAGCAGAAUGACUCCAGUCAAACAUUCCAUUCCCCACGUGUGUGUCCGAUUUGGUCCUGGAGGUCAAUUGGUGAAGGUCAUACCAAACCGACCAGCGGAAGGUCAACCAGCCACAGUGGAGAUUCAUGACAUAAAUGAAAUGUUACAGGACAACCCAGAAACUGAGGAACUGAAAAACUUCCCAGGACCUCUUGUCAGGGGUGACACACAUAAAAAUGAUGUUCUGACCUACUGCCAAUCUAAAGCCAAGGCUUGUGCUGAGAAUGUCCGGCUGACGGACCGUGACUCGGCCGAACUUAUUUGGAGGUUACUAGAAGUUCUCAUCAAACAAAAUGGGACAUACGUUGGCACGGAUAUUGCCGACCUGUUGUUGGAGGGACAUGAACCAACCACUAUUGACUACAGCAUGAUGGGAUUGAAAAUAAAUCCAAGUUCAGAUACACUGGAUGAGGACUUGGAUGAGUCAGCGGAUGUGUCUGUUGUCACGGCAGACAGAUCAGUUAUUUCUCGAGGGGGACGUAAAACUCGAGAGGAAGUCACCGAUCGCUUCAGGCAUCUACUGUUGUAUGGCAGGAAAAAGGAUGCUUUGGAGUGUGCAAUGAAGAACAAUCUGUGGGGUCAUGCUCUGUUUCUAGCCAGCAAAAUGGACAGUCGGGCACAUGCUAAUGUUAUGACAAGAUUUGCUAACAGUGCCAUGAAGAUGAAUGACCCCCUGCAGACUCUGUUCCAGUUAAUGUCCUGUCGACAGCCAGCUGCUGUCACGUGUGUGGUGGAUGAGAAGUGGGGGGACUGGCGGCCUCAUUUAGCCAUGAUUCUCUCCAACCCGACUGGUCGUGACAUAGACAGGAAGUCGAUUAUGACAUUAGGGGACACUCUCGCAUCUAAAGGCUUUCUCCAUGCCAGUCAUUUUUGCUAUAUAAUGGCUCAAGUCAAUUUUGGUUCUUAUCAAAAGAAGACCGCUAAGAUGGUGCUAGUGGGAUCAAAUCACAGUUUGCCUUUGACGGAGUUUUCAACAAAUGAGGCCAUUCAAUGUACAGAAAUUUAUGAGUAUGCCAAUACGCUUGGGAACCCGUCAUACUAUACAGUUAAUUUUCAGAGCUUUAAAUUCUUGUAUGCAUGCAGAUUGGCAGAAAAUGGUUUUGCUCAAGAGGCCUUGCAGUAUUGUGAAGCAAUUUCCCGAGUGAUUUUGAAUUCACCGACUUUGUUUCAACCUAUUCUAGUCAAGCUCGUUAAUGAGCUGGGAAAUCGCCUGAAGUACUUUGAUCCUCAGAAGCUUCACACUACUGAAGAUGAAGACCCAUUCUGGUUACAGCAGCUGUCAAAAGUUAAUGCUGGAUUUCUGGAUGGGUCUAUUCAACCACUGUCAGGCAGUGUCACCCCCUAUGGUGGGAGUUAUGGAAUGCGAGCCGCCAGUACUGAGAGCGGAGAAGUGGCAGGCUACAUCGCUGGUGGAGAAACCGCCAUGAUGCCACCACCACAAGUGCCAUAUGGACAGGACUUUAAUCAACCUCAACAGAGCUACUCUACACCUGAUCCAAGUGCAGCUCAGCAGACUGAGCACGUCCAGCAACCUGCACCCAGCAUGUACAGUCAGUAUGGUCAACCCCCGGAACAUCAACAGCAAACACCUGUCACAUACGGUCAGUAUGAUCCACCCCAGGAACAUCAUCAACAACCUGGUUCAGAUAACCAGACUCAUCAGGGCUAUACACAAAACCCACAAGUUUACACACAAGGGAUGGACCCUAAUGCUGGAGUCGACCCAAAUACUCCGUGGCAACAAUUUCCUCAGAAUGGUUACCAACAGUACGGUGUGAAUCAACAAUUUGUCAACCAACAGACAACGGAAGGGAAUGAGAACACCCAGAAUUACAAUGAUCCUAACUCACAAGGUCAACACCCAGACAUUCAUCCCGGUCACCACCAGGCAGCAGCACCGCAGUACAAGAGGAACAGUAUAUACUCUGCCAACACAGUCACCACAGAGGAGGAGGAGGAUGAUGAUGACGAUGAAGAAGAUGACAGUAUGGCAGGAUCCCACAAUGUCCCGGCUGGCUCUUCAUCAUUUGACUACUUCAGUGCUGUGGGCAACCAAUCACAAGAGAUUGUGGCUCCCAGAAUGAGGCCAAGAACUGUGUCAGAGACCAGCACUGGUAGUGGUGGACCACCCCCCCACACAGCCUCCGCUAACAAGAAACCGCAUGCCAUACCCGAAAGUAAACUCCUUGGUGACAAGAAGCCAAAGGAGGGUUGGAGUUGGUGGCCUUUUAAAGGAAAGAAGGAAAAGAAACCUGGUGAUGUUUCUGAAAUGAAGCUACCAGACGACAAGAAACCAUCGAUUAUCUGGGAUGAAGAUAAGAAAGAAUGGAUAAACAAGGAUGAAGGAGAACGAAAGUAUGAGCCUCCCCCUCCUCCCCCCAAAGACAUGAGUCUUGGACCUACAAUGCAGCAACAGCCUGCUGCUACUCAAGCGCCCCCUGGUGGCGGGCCUCCCAUGGGAAAUAAGUUUUCACUGAGGAAAGGUAAAGGUUCUAUGCCUAAGUAUGUAGAUGUGCUGAACAGCAGCAAAUCCUCCAGUGCGGCCAGUGUCCCCACCAGUCUCUUCAAUGUUAUGCCCUCAUCUCAGUCCUCUCCGGCCAUUUUCAGUCCAGGUGGAGAAUCAGAGUCUCCCUCCACACAGCAAGAGGCUUUGUCCACUGGACAGACAGUGAAUCCACCAGCCACUCAGGUGGAGCAAGUUCAAGCAGGGGAGCUCUCUAGAAACAGCUCACAGGGCUCAUUUUCUAGUGAAGUUCAACACUUCAUGUCUAAGGGACCAAAACCUGCUGGGAUGCCCGUCAUGUUCAACCCUGCCCAGUUCCAAGGUGGACAAAAUGAAGGAUUUCAGUCUGGCCCCACCUCCACAAGGUCAUCAGGUCGUUUGAAACCAGGUCAGAGACGGAUGUAUCCAAAGUGAGGCUCGGCAUUAGAUGAGAUUGACACCUAGGAACCCUUUCUAUCUUGUUAACAUGAAUACCAUCAGUUGAUAUCGUGUGUACAUGUACAUCUUAAAGGUUGAUAUUAUUGUUCAGCGGUGACAACAAGUGUAUAUUUAGUCAUAUCCAAGAGAAAUGUAUCAAAUUUUCAAAAUCAUUCACAUGUACAUCACUUUAGGAAAAUGGCAGGUUGAGGGUUUACAAAAGAUCUCCAAAUGUGCAAUAGAAAGUAUAUCUCAAGCAGACUAAAUCUGAGGUGCAUUUUUUAUGAAGUGUGUUUGUAUAUAUGUACCAGUACACGUACAAAUGCAUACCUCGUGAAGCCUCGUCUCCAUGCCAGCAUCGAGUUUGUAUCUCCAAUUCUGGAAUGUUGCAUCAUAUGGUAAAAGGUUUAUUUACCCAAAUUCUGUACAUCGGCGCUUAUUGCAACUAGCAUAUGGCAAAGCAGUUGCUCCACUUAAAUUUCUGUAUGAUCACAAUCUUCUGUUCAUCUCUUUCAUGCCUGGAUUCUUACUUGCCUCUUUAGUCACAUUUUCUCCUGUUUUCUGGUUACAUUUAGACAAUUGGGGUUGGUUUAUUUCCAAUACACUUUGUUAUGGGAUAAUAGUCUAAUCGUAGUCAACUUCAUUGUGUUGGUAUGUAUGUGAUGUCAUAAUCGCUUUGUGAACAACAUUUGUAUCUUUUCAUAAGCCAUAUACACAUGUACAUUAGUCUCAGCUGAUUUUACGAGUUUCUUUGUAUAUAAUUUUAAGUGUGUUUAACACAAGUGAACAAGAGCACUAGAAGAUGGGCAUACCUUACACUGGCGUUGUAACAGUUAAUAGUUGGGUGUGAUUGCAUGGGCCAUGGAUUGGAGGCGCGAUACAAUUCAAAUAUACAGUUUUAUGAUAUUCUCACUGAUUAUAACGAAGAAAGGAGUGUUCUGUGUGUGUAGAAGGAAGUGCUGGCCACACUUAAUCUACACUUACCACUAUUGUCUUGUGAUAGGAUAUUUGUAAUGUGAUUUACCCGAGAGUCUAUUUAUUGUGUAUAAAAUGUGAUUUGUGUAAUUUGUACAGAAAUAUGAUAUUUACAUGUAUAUGUUUCUGUUGUUGAUAAUGUGACAGGAAUGAGUUCAACUACAAUGCAACUGAUCUGCGUUGAAGCUAUGUAAAAUGUGGUUUUAUCUUCAUAUUUUACAAUAAAUGCAAGACAUGGGCACCUCCAUGCUAUUCAUUUGUAGAUGCAUUUAUCAACUUCCUUUAGUUUUUUCCUCAUCAACAAGAAUUGUUUCAGUCUACAGGUAAUUAAUGUUACUCUUCUGUAAUUGAAAGAAAUGUGUAUUCAGGUUUGAUAUUAAUAUAUGAAUUUAAAUUGCUACUUAAAAGUACUAUUAAAUUCAAUAUGUCUGCUCUAUAUUCUGGAAGAAGAAAAACAUUGAUGUAAUUUUAUGUCAUAAAUCCUUACAUAGCAUUCCCAAGUAAUUAUAAUAUAAGCUAUAUGAUUAAAAUGCUGUAUUAUUUAUUUUCUAGCAAAUUUUAUUUUGUUGGAAGUGAUUGUAAAUUUCAUUUUAGAUCAUGUUAAAUUAUUUGUGAAUUGAAUUCAUCACAUUAAAGUUUUGUGAAAUCUCA